AUGUCUCUCUCCAGCCACGACGGAGGCAAAGGCGGCGACGGCGACGGCGACGGCGACGGCGGAAGCCACUGGCAGGUCGUGAGAACCCGGGUCGGCCAGUUUCUGAGAGAGCGUGAGCUUAAAAAAAGCCUCAGGAGCACGAUGUCCUCCUUAAUCAACGUUCCCGACGCGAUUGAAGCUGAUUACAAGUCUUCGGGGUCUCAGGACGAACGGAGCUCCGAGGACACCACGGUCGACGGUUUGAGGGAAAGCCCCGGCGAGUGGCCUAUCAGGCAGCGGCUGCUGGUGGUGGCAAACAGGCUUCCGGUUUUUGCCGUGAGGUGUGACGAUUCGUGGUCAGUCGAGAUUAGCGACGGGAGUCUCGUGAGCGCACUAUCGGGUGAGAUAUUUUACUAUUUUUUGGAUGAUGUGCCAGUAGGCGUGAAGGACAUGGAGAUCUGGUGGAUCGGUUGGAUGGGCGUGGAUGUGCCCGAUGAGGCUGGACAGAUGGCCUUGACUAAAGCGCUUGGUGAUAAGAAUUGUGUUCAUGUUCUCUUGGAUGAGGUGACUGCAAGUGAUUGCUCCAAUUACAUGUGGCCCCUGUUCCACUACCAUGCAUUGUCAGACGAAGAUCUGUUGGCUACCACCAGGAGCAUUCAUCAUACGCAGUUUGCCGCUUACAGGAGGGCCAAUCGGAUGUUUGCAGAUGUGAUCUGUAAACACUAUAAAGAUGGAGAUAUUGUCUGGUGUCAAGACUACCACCUCAUGCUUCUGCCGAAAUUUCUGAAGGAAUAUGACAUCAAUAUUAAAGUUGGUUGGUUCUUGCAGACCCCUUUCCUAUCUUCAGAAAUCCAUCAAACUCUUCCAUCUCGAAGAAAAGUGUUGCAUGCGGUUCUAGCUGCCGAUUUGCUUGGUUUUCACACCUACGAUCAUGCAAGACAUUUUGUGAGUGCUCUUGGAGUCGAAGCUGUUCCUGAAGGAGUAGAGUAUCAAGGGAGAAUAACUCGCGUGGCUGCGGUAAUGCUGGGAGUUGAUCGCCCUGAUAUGAUCAAAACGUUACUAGCAUUUGAAAAGUUUAUAGAGGAAAACCCUGAAUGGCAUGAUAAGGUGGUCUUACUGCAAAUUGCUGUACCAACCAGAACUGACUUAGCUGAAUAUCAAAAGCUUACAAGCCAGGUCCAUGAAAAUGUUGGAAGGAUCAAUGGCAAAUUUGGAACUCUGACAGAAGUACCUAUUCAUCAUCUGGAUCGUUCUCUUGACUUUAAUGCCUUGUGUGCACUUUAUGCGAUCACUGCACAAUCUCUUAGAGCUGGAGCACUUCUAGUAAACCCAUGGAACAUCAAAGAAGUAUCUGAUGCCAUUGGACAAGCUUUGGUUAUGCCUGCAGAAGAAAGAGAAAAGCGCCACUUGGUUAACUUCGAUCAUGUGACGUCUUAUACUGCUCAACGGUGGGCUGAAUUCUUCAUAAGUGAACUGACUCACAAUGUUAUUGAAGCAAAGCAAAGAGUAAGAGAAAUAUCUCCUCGGCCUAUUUUUAGCGAGGGAAUCAAUGUUUACUUGCAAUCUGAGAACAUACUUAUACUGUUGGAGGAGUUAGAAAACGAAGUGAGGAGAAUAUCUGACACGGCAGACUCGACGAGGCUGCAGCUGGAGGACAAAGCAAUGAAGCUUGAAAGUGAGGUAAAGGAUACUUUGGACUUGGCAGACUCCACGCAAAAGCAACUAAAAGAAAAAAUUAGUGUGCUUGAAAGCGAGCUUUUCGAGGCGAGAAAGCUGAUCAAAAAAGACUCGAAUGCAAGGGCAACGAGAGUGCCAAUGGAACUUCCUUCGGAUUUGAGGAAGAGGUUGAGACCAUUACUAUUCGUUCUGGUCUUUAUCUGCUUCUCAGUUUUAUCAGCUGGCUUGGUAUUUUCGGAUGAAUACACUACGUUAUACUACAUUGCCUUGUAUUCAUAUUUGCUGGUACCUGGGGUUGACAUUGCCGUUGAAGUGGAAUGGAGCUGGCGUCCCAAUUUUGUCGCGCGUGUUGUGAUGGAUUCAGUCCUAAUGAGUGUAGUUCCAGCGGCAUUACAAUAUUGUACUGGAAUUGCAGCCCUCUUCUUGCGCCUUAUCAGCUCUGGGGCGGGCUCUAGCUCUGUGAUGUAUGUGGGCAUGGUUACAAAUUUGUGCAUGUACAUAUUCGAGGAUGUAUAUGUUGAAUAUUUACAGGAACGUCUCAUCCGCUCCUCAGCUACUUGGAGGCAGAGGUACCCAUACUAA